AUUUCAGCAGCGGAAGACGAGCACAUUCCCUCAUUAAACGGGUUUGCUUUCUGCGGUGUUAUUGUUGCCAAUAUUGAAAGUCUGGAUGUUUUUUUAAGACGAUUAAGAGUGCAAAUAGUGAGGUUAGAUACAUUUGAGUAGGGUUGUUUUGUUAAAAUCGAUCGCUCUAAUGCUUCGUUGCAGAAGGACGGCAGCCGCAUGAGGAGAGUGAAGAGAUGCCUGAUUACAACGCAGUGAUUCACAUUUCAUGAGGGUCAUCUCAUCUCGCAGCGAGAAUGACACUCAUUUGACUACACUCUGACUGAUGCAGGGACGCCGCAAUGGGCCAGCAGGAGCAAGGGCCACGAUGUCACCACCCCGAAAUGUACAUUCUGCAAAUGAAACAUGAACUCCCAGAGGAGCACAGACCCCGCUAGUAAAUGUAUCGUUUUUCGGGUUAACCACCACAACCACCUAACAACUUCCAAACAAAGAGUGCCUCCGUUCAGGAGCCGGUCACAAUGUGCCAAACUCAUUAGCGCAGUCCGGUGGGUACGACCACCCACUCUGACCUGUGCCCCCACCCCAGGACAGGUCAUCCUACCCCCCGGAAGUGUCACAGACCCUCAGCUGAGGCGCUGCAUGGAGAACAAUGCUGGAGUACCAACAAACAAAAUGCAGUGAAAGUUACUGGGCGAGUCUUCAGCAGCACGUGUAGUACACACCUCCUUUACAAACCCGCCCCUGCACUUGAAUAAAAAGCUUGUGUGUGUCCACACGUGUGAAGAAAACACAGCACUGCAGCACCGUCCGACUCCGAGAGGCCUCUCUCGUUAGUGGACCAGUGGAUGGUAACAUGUCUGAUCCCAGCAAACCUCGGACGUCCUUCCUCAUCGAAGACAUCCUCUCCAUGAAAGACAACGGGAGCUUUGUUGGGAAAUGCUGCACCCAUUCAACGGAAGAAUGGGAAGAAGGCAAAAAGUUGUCUGAGUCACCUUUUGCGGCACACACAGCAUCUCUGGACAGAGCCUGUCCCAGCACGUCCGAGCCAGGCGGCUUCGCAUCCACGGAAAAACCCAAACGCUCCCGAGCGGCGUUCACACACCUCCAAGUGCUGGAACUGGAGAAGAAGUUCAACCACCAGAAGUACCUGUCGGCCCCCGAGAGAGCCAACCUGGCCGGUGCGUUAAGACUGACCGAGACCCAAGUGAAGAUCUGGUUUCAGAACCGCAGGUAUAAAACCAAGAGGAAGCAGCAGGCGUCGGAGUUCUUCAACGACACGUACAAAGCAGACGGACUGGACCCCGCAGUGUUCUUAAGCUCUUUCUGUAGAGCGUAUCAGUACAGACCUUACUUGUGGGACUACGGCGGGCCCUGGAGGCCUGCGUUGUGGUGAAAAACAACAUCACCAUUAUUCAAAUAAAAUGUUCACUGGCUAUGCCAAUGUGCUAUUUAAUUGCUGUGACCAUAAUAGUCUGUAUUUGUUCAUGUUUGAAGAAAAACUGUUUGGAUAAUGAGAUCUUCAAUUGCUCAACAUAGAUGUCGAAUUAUUAAAUGAUUUAAUUAACAACCAUACAUUUUACAAUGUUUUUAACCUUUGGAUAUAUUCUUGCCAUCAUUACGAACAGACAGGCAACAUUUUUAACUUAUUUCAUCUAUAAGUGCCAAAAGAAAAAGAAAAAAGAUCAGGUCCUCACAAAGAUAAUACUCGAUUUAGAUCGAGAGAUAAUAAUUUGUAAUAACUAGCUAGUGCCGAGGGCUAUUUUUAACAUUUUGUAAUUAUAUUUUAUAUACAGUAAAACCUGCAAUUAUUCAUAGUCUGGCCAAAUGAUGAGUUAAAGUGAAUAGGUGUGUUGAAUGGGUAUUGGAAAUGACAAAGUGUCAAAAUACUCCAAGAAGUUGUGUUAACAGAUAUUCAUGACAAUAUUUUUAAUUUUCCCCUUUUUUCCACAUAUUGAUAUUUGAUUCAUAGCUCUGGCACUUUUGAGGAAAUGUUUGUGCACAAUACUAAAGGUUUGUUGAGCAUGAUCUAGAGCAGUGGUCACAUACCAGGUAGCCCCCAAGGACAACUGCUCUCAAAAUAGCUCUCCAGUAAUGGGCCAUUGUGAUUUCCUAGGAAUGUUGUAGAAGUGAUCAUUUGAAAAUGUAAACACAGUGAUGUACAGAAAUAAAGUGCUGCAGAUUGAUAUUCAUCUGUUUCCUACCUUGUUAAAUCGCUGAUGAUAGUUACUGUGGGAAAUCAUUAAAAUGAUCUGUGUAUUCAAAUAGAUGCAUAUAAUUAAAUAUUAAUAAUAACAUAAUUAAGGGUAAUCCGAUCAAAUUUAUUUCAGACGUGUGUAUGUAACUGGUAGCCAUCUGCAUGAAUUAGUCCCCAAGAAGUAGCUUUGUUUCAAAGAGGUUGGUGACCCCUCUGAUCUAGAGCAUUUUAAUCAACAAAAGCUUGAGAACGUCGAACGUGCAUGCAUUGAAUCAUUUUUGU